AUGUCAACCGUCACGGACAAGCCUGGCGGGCCCCUUGAGGUCGAGCAUGACGAAAAGUCGGUCAAAGGGGAGGCUGUUGUCUCGGGUGACUACUCUGGAGCAGCCGAAAAAGCCGAUCCUGCUGAGAUUGCCCUCGUGCGAAAGCUUGACAGGAGAAUCAUGCCGAUUCUUUGGGCCAUGUACUUCCUCAACUACCUCGAUCGAAAUGCCCUUCCACAGGCUCGACUGAACACUCUAGAGGAGGACCUAAAUCUCAAGGGUGUGGAGUACAACACGGCUAUCUCGAUCCUCUUCGUCGGCUACCUGCUGAUGCAAGUGCCUUCAAACAUGUUUUUGACUCGCACGAAGCCUUCUGCAUACAUGUCCAUAUGCAUGAUUGGCUGGGCCGCCGUUUCGGCUGCAACUGCUGGGGUCAAGAACUACUCCGGACUCGUCGCGGUUCGGUUCUUUCUAGGCUUUGUCGAAGCUCCAUUCUACCCCGGCGCGCUGUACCUGCUCUCUAUUUUCUAUACCAGAAAGGAGCUUGCUACCCGAAUCUCGCUCCUCUACACAGGCCAGGUUAUCAGCACCGGUUGCUCUGGUUUGAUCGCCGCUGCAACAUUUUCCACUCUUGACAAAGUCAAAGGCCUUGCUGGGUGGCAAUGGCUUUUCAUUAUUGAAGGUUCUGUCACAGCUUUGGUUGCCAUUUUUGGCUUUUUCCUUUUGCCAGACGACCCUUCCGAGACCCGCUGGCUUACAGAAGAAGAGCGGAAACUUGCGGUUGACCGAAUUCGUCGCGACACUGUUGGUCAGCAGGAACGCGGAUCAACUCUGGAUGGCCUCAAGCAAGCCUGCAAAGACCCAAGAACAUGGCUCUUUUGCUUUAUACAGAACACCCAUAUCUCAUGCUGUUCUUUCAAUAAUUUCUUUCCCACUAUCGUGCGCAGCAUGGGCUUCCAAUCAACCACCGCGCUCCUGCUCACUGCCCCACCUUACUUCGUGUCGGGAAUCUUGGGUAUUCCUUUGGCUUGGUCAAGCGGCAAGUUUAAUGAGAGAACCUGGCAUAUCACUGCUGGCCUGGGCUUAGCCAUUGUGGGUUUCGCCAUGACUUGUGGCAGCACAAACAACGCAGUCAGAUAUACUGCCACCUUCCUCUAUGCUACUGGCGCUUACGGAGUUGGCUCUGUGAUUCUGGGAUGGGUCAGCAACACGCUGUCUCAAACACCUGAAAAGAAGGCCGUUGCAUAUUCACUCGUCAAUGUGACGGCAAACCUUGCCUACAUAUACUGUGCUUAUCUGUGGCCCAGCUCUGAUGGACCCAAGUAUAUGAUGGGCUUCUCGAGCAUGAUUGGUUUUGCAGCCGUCAGCAUCGCCGGCACAUGGGUUAUGCGCAUUUGGUUGAUGAGGAUGAAUAAGAAGAUUCGGGAAAGUGAGGAUGAGAACGCAAGGCUGUAUGCCUACUAA